GACCUUCAAUUCCCACUUACACGAUCGACAACGAACCAAUUGUCCUCCACCACAAACAUCCAAUCCCUUCAAAAUGCAGGUCCGGCACAGAAACACAGUAGAACGCCUCGACAGGCCGAGCGCAUACUACCACAACCGGAACAAGCGCAGGAGAAACGACCCCCGCGACGCCGCCCGCGAAGCCCGCGACGCAGAAGACGAAGCCGCCACCAAGAACGAGCCCCUCCCCGAGGACCCCCUCGCCGCCGCGACGACGCUCUACGUCGGCAACCUCUCCUUCUACACCACCGAGGAGCAGGUCUACGAGCUCUUUUCAAAGUGCGGCGAGAUCAAGCGCCUCGUCAUGGGCCUCGACCGCUUCAACAAAACCCCCUGCGGCUUCUGCUUCGUCGAGUACUACACCCACCAGGACGCCUUGGAUUGCAUGAAGUAUAUCGGCGGCACCAAGCUAGACGAGCGCGUCAUCCGCACCGAUCUCGACCCAGGCUUUGAGGAAGGGAGACAGUAUGGUCGCGGCAAGAGCGGUGGGCAGGUGCGGGAUGAGUACCGUGAGGACUUUGACGAGGGACGUGGUGGGCAUGGUAGGGCGAUUCAGAUGCAGAGGGAUCGGGAUGAUCGCAUGGGCGAGUAUGAGGAGACGCGAUGAGUGUGGAGGGUGUGCGUGUAUGUUUAUUGGGAUUGGGACUGGGAAGCGUCUUCUUUGUCCGUCAGGGGACGACAUCAAAAGCAAGUGAGACGUGGGAAGGAAAACAGACAACGAGAGACUCUACUUCACAGAGUGGGUAGCAAUGCUUUUGAAACUACUAGGCAGGCUUCAGGGAAUCGAUACCCUCAAAAUGACACAAUCAUGGACACCAAACCGAUUUCAAUAUUUGGUGGCUGCGUGACUGGA